AUGAUGAGUGUGAGAGCAAGUUCCUUAGAAAAAGGUACAACUUCUGUGACUGCCUUAGGUGGCCAUUUCCCCAACCAACCUGCUGACCAACUCCUUCGCCAGAUCAAACAUAAGGUUGCAGAUGUCAUAUUUAACCUUGGGUUUCUUCUCGACAACCUUUUUGCGGAUUACUUUCGAAAGCAAGAGGCUUUGAACAAGAUUGAGCAUAAAGUGGAGACCCAAACACCAGAGUGGAAUGCAGCCACUGAAUCUAACAACAAAGUUGAGACAUUGGAGAAAUAUUUUUCGCAGAAUCAAGAGGAUCUCAACAUUUGUGCGAACAACAUCUCUUCUUGGGAGAAACAAAUUGAGGAAAUGGAAGAGAACAUUCAGAAGGCGAAGGAUCUUCAGGAAGAGAUCCGUAAACUCAAUCACAAGCAACUUGAUGAUGAAAUCGAGGUAGGUGUCCAUCAUGUCGAGAAGGCCCAAAAAUUGGAAGCCGAGAUUAAGGACCUGAAGCUUGGAAAGUUUGUGAUCAAGCGUCGCUUGCUGGUGUCUACUGCAAAGUAUAGGCGAAUGAAGGCCUCUCUCCCAGUUGAUUUUUGUACUUAG